AUGCCACGACGCGGCGCCUCACCAACUCCCUCGGAGGGAGAGAUUGAUAUCUUUGGAUCUCUUUACCCUGGCGAGACCGACAACGCUAAUGGCCAGAACGGUGGCGAUGACUUCGACUUCGACGGCCUCUUGAACGGCCCAGAACCAGGCAAUGAUGAUACUGAUGAGGCCUUCAUUGCCUUACAGCAGGCGGCUUCUUUCCGAAAGGCUACCAAUCUGAAGGGUAGAACAGUCAAGAAGGGUGGAGGUUUCCAGGCGAUGGGUUUAAACAACAAUCUCCUAAAAGCUAUCACAAGAAAGGGUUUCUCAGUUCCUACUCCCAUUCAACGAAAAGCUAUCCCUUUGAUUCUCGACAGAAAGGAUUUGGUCGGUAUGGCCCGGACAGGUUCAGGAAAAACUGCCGCCUUCGUCAUUCCCAUGAUCGAAAAGUUGCGCGCCCACAGCGCUAGGUUCGGAACACGAGCGCUUAUCAUGUCACCCUCUCGAGAACUUGCGAUCCAGACUUUGAAGGUUGUGAAGGAGUUCAGUCGAGGAACCGAUUUGAAGUGCGUCCUUUUGGUUGGUGGUGACAGCCUGGAAGAGCAAUUCGGAUACAUGGCCGCCAACCCCGAUAUCGUGAUCGCAACACCCGGUCGAUUCCUCCAUUUGAAGGUCGAGAUGUCCUUGGACUUGUCAUCUAUUAAAUAUGUGGUUUUCGAUGAGGCCGAUCGUCUUUUCGAAAUGGGUUUCGCAGCGCAGUUGACUGAGAUUCUUCAUGCGCUGCCCCCUUCAAGACAAAGUUUGCUCUUCUCCGCCACGCUACCAGCGUCUUUGGUUGAAUUCGCUCGCGCCGGUUUACAAGACCCCAGUCUUGUGCGACUUGACGCUGAGCAAAAGGUUUCACCUGAUCUCGAGAGUGCGUUCUUCGCUGUCAAGGGUGCUGAAAAGGAAGGAUCCUUGCUGCAUAUUCUCCAUGAUGUGAUCAAGAUGCCAGUUGGCUCCCCUGAGGGCGUCAACAACGACUCCGAGAAGGGAUCAAAGAAGAGAAAACGCGGCGCUGAUGGUGGUAGCGGCAAGCCCACAGAGCAUUCGACCAUUAUUUUCACAGCCACCAAGCAUCACGUUGAGUACCUCGCAAACUUGCUUAUCUACGCCGGAUUUGCGGUCUCUUAUGUCUACGGUUCGCUCGAUCAAACCGCCAGACGAAUUCAAGUCGAAGAUUUCCGAAUGGGCAAGACAAAUAUUCUUGUUGUCACUGAUGUUGCUGCGCGUGGUAUCGAUAUUCCGGUUCUUGCCAAUGUCAUCAACUUUGACUUUCCUCCCCAACCAAAGGUCUUUGUGCACAGAGUUGGUCGUACCGCUCGUGCUGGCCAACGGGGUUGGAGUUACAGUCUUGUGAGAGAUACCGAUGCUCCCUAUCUUAUCGAUCUUCAACUGUUCCUAGGCAAGAAGCUUGUCGUGGGCCAAGAGACAAAGAAUCCAUCCUUUUCGGAGGAUGUGGUUGUUGGUGCCCUAAAACGAGACCCCGUCGAAGGUCAUGUAGAGUGGUUCAACAAGUCUUUACAUGAGAGCGAGGAUAUUAAUGCGCUACGUGGAGUCGCUGUCAAAGCCGAGAAGCUCUACUUGAGAACCAGGAAUUCGGCUGCCAGCCAAAGUGCAAAGCGUUCAAAGGAGCUGGUAGGAUCUCAGGGGUGGACACAACUUCACCCGCUGUUCGGUGAAGAUGUUGAUGGAGCUGAACAAGCGCGCGUUGACAUGUUGGCAAGAAUUAGUGGCUUCAGACCUCAAGAAACUAUUUUCGAAAUUGGUGGUCGCCGUGAUAAGGGUACUACCGAGGCUGCCGAGGUGAUGAAGCAACUCAGAAAGAGAAUCACCCCACGAAGACAGAUUGAGGCAAAGGCAGAUGACGACUUCGAAGGAAUUGACGAUGAUAUACCAACGGCCGCCGAGACGGGUGCCGGUUCUGACGAGGAAGAGGUGGUUGCGGAUGAGAUGGAUGUGGAUGAGGAGUCAAAUGAUGGUUUGGAAGUCACUGUCACCAACACGAACUCUAAAAAGGGACGAACAGACUGGCGCGACUCGGAAGUCUUCAUGUCUUAUACACCCCGAACAUUCAACGCUGCAGAGGAGCGUGGUUACGGUGUCUCAUCUGGUGGUCAGGAUCCCUCCAACUUUGUGGAGGCUGCCCGUGGCGUCACCAUGGAUCUCACCAACGACGAGAAUGCCAAGAGCUUUGGUGAACCAACCCGUUCCAAGAUGCGCUGGGACAAGAAGUCCAGGAAGUACGUUUCUCGAGAGAACGACGAGGACGGCUCCAAGGGCGCAAAGAUGAUCCGCGGAGAGAGUGGUGUCAAGAUCGCAGCCAGCUUCCAAAGCGGCCGCUUCGACAAGUGGAAGCGCGCCAACCGCCUCGGUAAGCUUCCUCACGUCGGCGAGCAAGUGCGUCCAGGUUCUGCCAGCCAUGCUGCCAACCUCCCCUCGGGAGUGCGCUACAAGCAUAAGCAGGAGAGGGCACCCAAGGAGGCAGACAAGUACCGUGACGACUUCGAGGUUCGCAAGAAGCGUGUCGACGAGGCGAGAGAGAAGCGCGUGGGACGCUUCAGAGAUGGUAUGGGCAGCAAGAAGGAACUCAAGGGCAGAGAGGAUAUCCGCAAGGCGAGAAUCGAGAAGGAGAAAAAGAGGCUCAAGAACGCCCGACCAACCAGGAGAAAGUAA